AUCAGAUUAAUUCAAAUACAAUGACAUAUUUUUGUGUGUUUAUUAAUUGAUUUCAAUUGCUUAUUAUGAAAAAUGCUUUAUAUUUCACUGGUUGACAAUAAACAAUCAUUACAGAUUUGAGAUUUUUUUUUUUAUAUCUAUUACGUUUAAAUAUUACAUACUCAUGAGUAACAAUAUCAGUCAAUUUAACGUCAAAGAGUGAAAACCAUUGUGCAUACCUAUUUUUUGACCAGAAGUAAACUUAACUAGCAAAUUCUCUAAAAUCAGCCACAUAAGAAACAUUCUUCCAUUGAAGUGACUAGAAGAGCAUGCGUUCUGAUAAAAUUUGAUCUUGAGUGCAGUGAUUAAAUUACAUAAAUUAUUUAUUUUUUUUGUUUUUUAUCGAGUGUUUAUUUUACGACAUUGCUAUUUCAAUGCAUUAUCAAAAUUUUAAUGAUUUUGAUAUUGAGUCAAGUUUUCAAGAAGAUGAGAAUCUUGUCAUUGAUAUUGAUAAACCUUUUAUUCCUGCCAAACCUCCAAAAGCAGCAUCUCCGCCACCAGUGCGUUCAGCAUUUAAGGCACCCACAGGUCUUUCUCGAGAAGAACAGUUGUUAUCCACAGUUGUUCAUUUAGAUAACGGUACAACUGGCUAUUUAAUAACUUUAAAUAAAACAACAGGAUCAUGGUCAUGUCAUGCUUGUUAUCCAUUCAAAGUUCCAUCUUUGUCAUUGCUCGAAGAGCAUUUAACCAACAAAAUGCAUUUAUUAGAAAUGGGAAAGUCUUGUUUUCCGGCAAAAAACUUUAUAAGAGCAUGUUCAGAAACUGGAAUAAGUGUUGGUAUGCCAUCAAUGGUAUCGGGUGAACCAAUACCACCAGGAAUGGAAGAUGAAGUAGAUAAUGUGUUGGCCCGUAUUCAAGCUACAUUGGAUUCAAUUUUUAUACCUUUAAUAGGUAUAGAAUUUAUUCUAGAAUUAUUGCCAUCUGAACCAACCGAAGAACCUAGGUAUAUGUGUGCAUUGUGUGAUAAACGAGGUGAUCCGAGAACUUUUCCUAAUCAUUUGCGAAGCUUUAAUCAUCACAUGGCAUACUUGCGAAGAUAUUUUAGAACAUUAGCCAGUGCUUUGGAAAAAUUAAACAAAGUGUCUUCUAAAGGAUUUCAAGAACUAGUAUUUCAUGUUAUUGGAAAAAUAGAAGAAACAUAUGGCCGUAUGAAACCAAUAGUGGUUGAUGCGAGUCUAUUUGAUGUAUCUACUGAAAAAAUAAAAAUCUUAAGACAAGUAAAUAAUGGAAAACAUAUCAUGGAAAGUCCAGAAGACCUAUGGAUGUUAGAUAUGAUAAAAUCAGAAUUUGUUGAAAAUCCUUCUCUUUUACAAGAAAAAUUUCCUUUAAAAAAAAUAACUGAGAAAAAUAAACGUGAUGAAGAAGAAAAACAAAAAGCUAUUAAAGCUGAAACGUCAUUUAAUAAAAAUCCAAGAAUUGCUGUUAACAAAUCCCAAUUGCGUUCAAAGAAUGAUAAAGAAGAAAGUGAUUCUGAUGUAGAAUUUGUUGACAUUAAAACAAAUACUGAAUCUAAACCAAGAAAGCGUGUAUCAAGUAGAGAAUCUAGAGAUAGAAGACGUAGAUCACCACCUAGAAGACAUCAUCGUUCUAGAAGUCCAUAUCGUCAUAAAUCACGUACUCGUUCAAAAACCCCUGUAACGAGACAAAGAUCUCGUUCACGUUCUCGAUCAAGAUCUCGUUCGCCUUAUUACAAUCGUAAUAAUAAAUAUUCUAGUCAUCGGCGUUAUAGAAGCAGAGAAAGAGAUGAAUCAUAUAGAAGACGACUUUCCCCUACAACUAACGUGCAUUCUAUGCAUUCUAUGUCGGGUUAUGUCUCAGGACAUCCACAUCCUAGAAUGUUUUAUGCUGCACCUUAUAUGUCUUUCCCUAGGCCAUUUAUGAGAUAUCCUCCACCUAGUAGACCUAGGUUCUACUCUCCAGAUAUAUAUUCAGCUGAAUAUCAUACACAAAAAGAAAGGAAUACUAGUAAAAGAAAAAGAUUAAUACAAGAAUACGAAAAAGCUGUAGAAGAAAUGAAAAUUGAAAUGGAGAAAAAGUUAAGUUAUCAUGAAAAAAAUCCUGAAAAACAUCCAUUAUAUCCAGAUGAAUGGAAAAAGUUCUGGAAUCGACGUUUUAAAGAAUUGCAAAUGGAAGGUAAAGAUCCAAAUACUUAUGAUUUUAAACCUGAGUGGAUUCUUUCAUGGAGUAAACGCACACAGGAAAUGCAUGAUGAAGAAGUUAAUGAAAAAAUGGAAAAACUAAAAGCUAAAAUACUGGGUGAUAUAAACAUGGAUAAAAGUUCUUCGGAAUCACCUUCAAGAGAUUCUCCUCCUUUAAAAGACAAAAAGUCGUCAAUAGAUUUAAAACAUAGUUGGCAUAAUAUUCCAGUAUCUGAAGUAUUAGAAAGAGACUCUGAUAUUGUAGCCAACAAACCGACUAAUGAUAAAAAACCUAGAGUUGCUGGAGCAUCUCCUAUUAAUUCAGAUUCAGAAGAUUCAAUAAAUGAAAUCAAUGAUCAUAAUAAACCUAGAGAAAAAAUUAAAAUUGAAAAUCCUUUAAAUGUUAUUACUGUAUUGAGACAAUUGAGCGUUUUGGAAAGUCAAUUAGGUCUAUUAGCACCUAAAAUAGUUGAUUUGUUGUCUAAAGGUCUUGUAAUGGAAAAAAUUGAACCUAAAUCAUCAAUUAAAUUAUUGACUCCAGACAAUUGUGUGAUGUUUGAAACAGUAAAAGAAAAACUCAAAGGACAACUUUUAGCAGGAGUUGUCAAAAGGAGUUUAGUAAAUGCUACAAUGUUCUCUAUUCGCAACAUUGAAAAAUUGAUGCAGUUAGCACCCAAGUUUAUACCUACAUCGAGCAUGUUAAAUUCUACACCUACUUCCAUACCUUUAUCCACUUCUGUACUUACACCUGUAUCUAAAACUGCUCCAAUUAUAGUGCCUGGGGUUGGUGUUAUUGAUAAAAUGGCUAUUGCUCAGCAAAUAACUCAAGCAUUACUAGCUCAAGGUAAAGUGGAUGUGUCACAAAACGAUUUAGAAACUCUCAUAAAUGCUGUUGUAGGUAUGGCACAAUCUGGAGAUAAUAUUCAAGGAGCUAAAAACUUAUUAGCAAACAUAAAUAAUGGCGGAGAUGUGUUGAAAACUGCUUAUGAAGAAGUUAAUAAAAAAGAAGAAGUCGAAAAGAUGAAUUUAGACCAAUUAUCUCAGGGUGACAUAAUUAACUUAUUGAAAAAUUUCAGAGAUUUGAAUACUGAUGAACAAGAUGGACUAAUAACUUAUUUGAAAAAGUUAGGAGAAAAAAAACCAGAAGAAGUGAAAAAAUUGAGAAGGUACAUUGAUAUGGGACCAUCUAAAUUAAAAGAAGUUACUUCUAUUUUUAAAGAUGAUAACGAUGAUGAUGAUGAUGAUAAUUAUGAACUAUCAGAAGUUUGUAAGGCUGUCAAGGAAAAAGUUAGUGAACAGAAAGACGAAAACGUGAAAAACAUGACUGUUAAUUUUGAAAUCACUGAAGAGCAACAAAAACUUUUAAGUAGCUUAAAAAACUUUUUACCAGGUAUAAAAUCUGAUUAUGGUUUGGGAUUUACCGACACUCAAUUGAAAACUACUCCUAACCAAUCAUUUUACAAAAAUUCUAAUAAUGAACCUCAUACCAAUUUAUAUUCCUUAGAUCCAUAUUCAUCAAAAAAAAAUGACACUAAUUAUUCUCCACAACCAUCAACAUCCACUACAUUUUUAGUUGACCAAUCUGAUAAAUACAAUAUUCCUCAAGAGAAGCCUAAUCAAUUCAAUAAACCACAAGAACAGCCUAAUAAAUACAGUCAACCACAAGAUCAGCUUAAAAAAUACAAUAAAAAGCAAGAGCAACUCAAUAAAUACAAUAUACCUGAAGAACAACCUAAUACAUACAAUAUAUCACAAGAGCCAUCCAAUAAAUACAAUUUAUCUCAAGAUCCGACUAACAAAUAUUUGUCUCAAGAACUGGAAAAUAAUUAUAAUAUACCUCUAGAGGAACUUAAUGAAUAUCAUACUUCUGAAGAUCAAUCUAAUGAAUAUAAUAUAUCUCCAGAGAAACCUGAUCCGUAUUCAGCUAACCAAGUGGAUAAUUACAAUGAUCCUUACUCACAAAAUCGUACUAAUAAUUAUUAUCAAGGGCAGCAACAGGAUUCUUUUAAUAAAUAUCAUCAAAAUUCUUCAAAUUAUUAUAAAGGUAAAAAUACAUAUAAAACUAAUAAUACUUAUUCUGACACAUACCAAGGAACGUCUAGAGAAAAUAAUAGGAAUCAUCGAUUUAAUCGCGGUCAAAAUAAACGAUAUCAAAGUAGACGGUAAAUUGAAUAUAAUUUGAUUUUAUAUUAUUUAAUUAAAUUGAUAGUUUUAUAGUCCUAUUAAGGUUUUA